UAUAUUUCCCACUGCACGCGAACGCAGCGGGAGACAGGAGGUGGAGAGAGGUAGAGGAUGAACGACAGCGAGCGAGGAAGACCCAGCUAACGCCAACACUGUUGGCCUGUCCUCCAGAAACACAGCGAUAAAAACAGAAUUACGGUUUUUAUCUUCAGCUGAGAUGCAGCUCCGCGAACACUUCGUCGAGUGUGUUUGAGACAGCGGAGAUGCUGUGCCGGUAGUUAGCUAGGUUACCCGUAAAGACAAAAGGGCACCUCUCUGAGCAUAAUCUUUGGAUGAGAGUCGCUGUGUAAGCAGCGAAAGCCUCCCGCUGCCGCCUCCCGGCUAUAGUAACGGUAGGAGAGGAAGACUGACGCCGCGGCCGACAUGAAAUUCACGGAGCAUCUGUCAGCUCACAUCACCCCGGAGUGGAGGAAGCAGUACAUCCAGUAUGAGGCUUUCAAAGAGAUGCUGUAUGCUGCUCAGGACCAGGCCCCGUCUAUCGAAGUCACAGAUGAAGAUACUGUCAAGCGGUACUAUGCCAAAUUUGAGGAGAAGUUCUUCCAGAUGUGUGAAAAGGAGUUGGCCAAAAUCAACACCUUCUAUUCUGAGAAGCUGGCAGAGGCUCAGCGGCGAUUCGCCACGCUGCAGAACGAGCUGCAGUCCUCGCUGGAUGCACAGAGGGAGAGCUCAGCCAGUGGGCGGGGCCUGAGGAGGAGGAAGACGGUGUUUGCCUUGUCACAGCAGGAACGAUGCAAGCACAGGAACAUAAAGGACCUGCAGCUGGCCUUCUCAGAGUUCUACCUCAGCCUUAUACUGCUGCAGAACUAUCAGAACCUGAACUUUACGGGCUUCAGGAAGAUCCUGAAGAAACACGAUAAGAUCUUGGAGACGUCGCGGGGAGCCGACUGGCGGGUGGCCCACGUUGAAGUAGCUCCGUUUUACACGUGCAAGAAGAUCACCCAGCUCAUCUCGGAGACCGAGGCGCUGGUCACCACGGAGCUGGAGGGCGGAGACAGGCAGAAGGCCAUGAAGAGGCUGAGGGUCCCUCCGCUCGGAGCUGCACAGCCUGCUCCUGCCUGGACCACCUUCAGAGUCGGCCUUUACUGCGGAGUCUUCCUCGUCUUAUUGGUCGUUGUGGUCAUCACAGUAGCUGUGGGGACAGAUCGUUCUGAUGUUUGGCCUAUGGUCCGAAUCUACAGAGGAGGCUUCCUGUUAAUAGAAUUCCUCUUCCUGUUAGGCAUCAACACUUACGGCUGGAGGCAAGCAGGCGUCAACCAUGUGCUCAUAUUUGAACUGAACCCCAGAAACAACCUGUCCCAUCAGCAUCUGUUUGAGAUUGCAGGUCUGCUGGGGGUGCUGUGGUGCGUAAGCCUGCUGUCCUGUCUCUUCAGUGACAAGAUCCUGGUGCCGAUGCAGGCCAACCCUCUGGCUCUCUAUGGGCUCUUCUUCCUUUUCCUCAUCAACCCCUUCAAGACCUGCUACUACAAGUCACGCUUCUGGCUGCUCAAACUUCUGUUUCGAGUGGUGACGGCUCCGUUUCACCGCGUUGGCUUUGCAGACUUCUGGCUGGCUGACCAGCUCAACUCUCUGGUGGUGGUGCUGAUGGACCUGGAGUACAUGAUCUGUUUCUACAGCUUUGAGCUGGACUGGACCAAACACAACGGGCUCAUCAGCAGAGGUAACGAUGUGUGCAACUCGUACUCGUAUGGCGUUCGGGCGGUGAUCAAGUGUCUUCCUGCGUGGUUCCGAUUCGUCCAGUGUCUGCGCCGUUACCGUGACACCAAGCGGGCCUUCCCUCAUCUGGUUAAUGCUGGCAAAUAUUCCACCACCUUCUUCGCUGUUACCUUCUCCGCCCUCUACAGCACACACAAAGACGCAGGCUCGGAGGCCCAGAUCUUCUUCUAUCUGUAUAUUGGCUGUUUGGCGCUGAGCUCGUGUUACACUCUGGUCUGGGAUCUGAAGAUGGACUGGGGACUGUUUGACCGCAACGCGGGAGAGAACACCUUCCUGAGAGAGGAGAUAGUCUAUCCACACAAGGCCUAUUACUACAGCGCCAUAGUAGAGGACGUGCUGUUACGCUUCGGAUGGAUCUUAACGGUCACCGUCACCACGCUCGUCACGUUUGACGGCAUCUCUGACAUCUUUGCUACAGUCCUGGCCCCGCUGGAGGUCUUUCGGCGCUUUGUGUGGAACUUCUUCCGCUUGGAGAACGAACAUCUGAACAACUGUGGUGAAUUCAGAGCCGUCAGAGACAUCAGCGUGGCUCCGCUCAACGCCGACGACCAGACCCUCCUGGAGCAGAUGAUGGACCAGGAGGAUGGCGUGAGAAACCGACAGGGCAAGAAGAGCUGGAAGAGGAGCUACAGUAUGAGCCUGCGCAGGCCACGCCUGGCCUCGCAGUCCAAGACUCGUGACACCAAGGUUCUGAUAGAGGACACGGAUGAUGACUCCUGACAUCAGGCCACGCCCCUCGCCUGGGUCCAGAAUUUAUUCAAAGGAGGAAACUCCACCUCCUAACUGAGGAUUUACCCAGAGAGUGGGCGUUGAGCUCCCAACCAGGGAUGAGUUUGAAGCUCGUACCUACGUCAUCUUGUUUUUCUCUGCUUGGGUUCAGGACUGCUCGGACGGAUGAACUCUGACCUCUUAAACAAACAACCCAGCUACGUGUCCAACCUGCUGUCAACACUCCCCGAUGGUGGGCUUAUCACUUAAACUCUACUUUACCCAGGCAGCCUCCCAGAGGUGGAUUCUUAAACUACACCCACUCCUCCACCGCUGCUCGGGCUCUUCUCGAAGCCUCAGCAUAGCACGAGUGAAACACCAGUGACAUUUUCCAUUUCCCAGUGCCGUCUCAGUGCCACACCACUCCCAUACAGGGAGAGGCCAACAAUUUAAGCCUGUUGCUGUCCUUUGGCCAUCAGCAUCCCCCGCUCCCAGCAUCCUGGAAACGACUGGGCAGAGGCCUGUAGUAGGUUAUGUAGUAGCUGCAGAAAUUAGGAACCACCCUGUACUUUGCCCCUCGGAAGGAAAGCAAAAACACCACAGGGGUUAACACGAGUCCUCCUCAGCAGACGGUGCUGAUGGACAUCUGGUAACUGUGGCGUCCCCGUGCUGUUCAGCUUGAUCACUCAGUCAUCACAGAGCUGCCUACCUGCACCUUACAUGCUUUAGAAACAUGCACUUUGUAGGAGCGUGAGAUGGAGGCCCAUCAUGUCUCGACACACGGACGGUGAUUUUAGUGUUUCAUCGUUGGUGGACGUGCAACGCUCAGCCAUUAUUCACUAUAAGGAGACAGAAACGUGGCUUUUUCUUUGUACCUGUUGUUGUAAAUGUACCACGGACCAAAGUUCAGUGUGUGUGGAAAUAUUUAGUGAGUGCCACACAGGAAACUCACUGUGUAGUGCUGCCGGCUGUGGAGCUAAGAAGGAGUUCUGCUUUUGAAGGAUGAUGAACGACCAUCAUCCUGUCGUAGUUCCCACUCACCCGCCCCGGGGAAUGGUUUGAAUGUACAUCACAUUAUUCGUAUAGGUGUAGAUCUGCCACCUCGUCGGGUUUGAACAAACUUGUGUUGUCCCCUGAAAUCGUGAUUUGAAAACCUGAAGACUGUUUGAGUAGAAACAGUUGGUUUGUGCAGCAUGUCGUCUUUGGGCUGGUUCACUGAAAUAUGAGGGUGGAGACGAAGGCAGAGGUCACCUGUCUGUCAUCAGUGUCUGUCUGUCAGCAGGUGGUGUACUGAAACCUGAUUGGCUACGUGUAUGCUAACUUGGGCGUGACUGGGCUGAAGCGUGACAGCAAGAAAUGCCGCUCUGAAACAAAGUGUGUGCAGCACGAAGCUGUGAGUCUUAAGAAGGAACAGUCUUAGUUGUUGCCUCUUUGACCUUCCUGCAGCAGGGGAGCGAUUCCUGGUUUGUGCGCCAUCAUCAACAGGUCGCACACAUCGGUCUGUUUUCACUGCUCGUUUCUGCCUGAUGAUGUUUCUUAGAGACGGGACGACACUGGAGGAAAGGCUUUCCUAAACGUUGCUCGACGGUUUCUCUUCACGUUCCAAAAGUCGUCAGCUCCCUUUUGCUUCGUGCUUGGAUGAGAUCGCGUCUGACGACAGCUUCGACAAAGUGUUGCUGUCUGUGCUUUCAUGAGGCGGCGGUUCGUUUUAUGUACUUAGUUUUAAUGUCGUGUGGAUGCAUUUGGAAGUCCUGGCGUGUGAUGGCCUAAGACUUGUGUGCACUUUUUUACUUUUCUCUGCGGAGCCUCGUCGUGAUGUUUCUGUUCUGCUGUAUUUGCCUCCGUACAGACUGAGGCUCUUUCAAUCCUCACACUGCAUCCAAAUACAUGUUUGCGUCUUAAUGUUUUACAUUUGGGAAGUUCUGAUUUGGAUCCUCAGUUUAUUUCUCAGCUGAAAUAAGAAGCACGUUAGCGUUAGGCUAUCGUCGGAUAACAACAUUCCCAUAGUUUCUGUUUUUUCCUUAUUAUUGAGCUAAAAUAAAGACAAAUAGAUUCCAUAGUAUAUAAAAGUUUGUACGUCUGAUGCUAAUUAUCAUUUAUGAUCACCAUCACACGCUGUCUGAGAUUUGUCCACCACAUUAAACAUGAUUCCACUUCCAGUCACCAGAUUAAAAAACACAGCGUGCUCCCUGAUUGGUCGGUGAGUGCUUCCUGUUAGCUGUCAUGUUGCUACGUGACUUCCCUGUGAUUGCCAGGGUUGCUCGCAGUUUGCCUGGAAUAUGCUGACUUAGCAGUUUUCUAAUUACCUCCGAGCUGUGGGAAGUGUGUCCCGUCUGGAAUUGGAGAACUUUUUCCUUCAAAGUAAAAGCUGCGCCUCAACACAUUUAAGGUGCAGCUAUUACUCUGAAGGGGAACGUUGUGUUUCCAGCCGCACUUUUCACAUUAUCAGUUCUGCAGGGGGCGUGGCCAACAGGUGUGUGCAGACACGUCAGCAUCUUCCAUGCAAACUGCAGACUAACAAGCACUACGUACCUGUGACCAGGUUCACCAACCAGCUGCUGGUGACCUGAUGGUCAUCUGACCCGACCGUGCCGUGAGGCUGACGCGCUGUCACCACAUGGUCACUUUUUAUGAAAUGAAACAGUAAAAAUGAUCUGCAGAGACCAUCGCUGUGCUAGCUGUUAGCUUGUGACAGGAGGUGUAAUGCUUCAGCCCGACUGACUGAUUUUACUGCAUCACUUUUAAAAUGCCUCCGUGUAGCUGACAGUCCAGGAUUGGACCAGGAUAUGAUGCUUCUGUUUCCCAACUACAACAUGGAGCUCUGGCAGGUUUGAGUAUGUAACAGUGUUCAUACUGGCUCUAUAAAUGUGGAGUCAAACCGACCUGACGGUGCGUUUCCCUACAUCCUGUGUCUGCUUUCAGUUUCAGCGAGCGCUCCGGGAGCUCGUCUGCUCAUUCCUCACGCACACAUUCAUGCACUCUAACAUUCCCACAGCGACCCUUUGAAAACCUCGUUUCCUGAUACGUUUCCAAGCAUUUGCCGACUGUAGCUCGAGCUCAGGGUUCAUGUCCGUCACAGACACACUGAGCGUGACAGGGUCGUCCUCGGGUAACCAUCAGAGAGCAGCACAUGUUCGUCCGACACAGUCGCUCCACCCAAAGACGAGUCAGUCCCGUGUUCGUACUGUUACUUUGUAGCUCCUCAGGUUUCACAUUGACACACAGAUUAAAAUACAGUGAAGCCAUCGAUGCAUUGUGAACAGUGUGUUUCACAUUGGCAGGAGAGUGGGAGACGCAAUGUGAUGAAGAUUUUGUACUCAGGAUAUUGUGAGCACACUUGCACCUUAACAUGCUAACUCACGAGCAGCUGCGGAGCCCCCGACUGCGUGCAGCCCCCCAUCACCCCGCGUGCCCUUUGCGUCUGUUUGCCUCCUGUUGUGCAUCCAAGUCCAGGACCAAAUAACAUGUUGUGAUGCAGAAAGUCUAAGUUGGGCUUCUUUUCAUGUAUUUACAUUGAAUGCAUCAGUUGCUUCAUGAUUUCAGCUGCAGGCUGACUUGGCUGUAGCUUUAUUUUACACUCCGUUUUUAUACGCCUGUGAGACUUUAAAAAUGUUUGAUGUUAUGACAGACAGGUGACGCCCUCCACCCUGAUGAAGCUGCCCAGCAGUAGAGUGUAGGCCUGGGCCACACUUCACUAUGAUGUUGGGAUUGUCAGAAGCGUGCCACCAAAAGCCAAAUCGAAUGUUUGAUCUAGUUUGUGAUUUUUCCCUUUUUUUGUUCACAUAUUUUAAUCCAUGUUGAAAUUUAAAUGUUAAUUUUGGUCAAAAUGUUUUGGAUGACAUUAUACAUUUGAUAUGUUUCACGGUUCAAAUAAAACGUUGUAUAGAGACCUGUGUUAAUAUUUCAUACCUCACCAAGUGGGAGAGUCGAUAGCCUAGAACGGUGGAAUCUGCUGUUUUGGAGAAUGUCUGAACCCUCGGUGAUUUCCCAGCAUUUCACACUGGACAGCUGACUCUGAACAACAUGUCAGUAAAAGGAGAUCAAAGGUCAAAGACUUGAGAUUCUGUUGUUUUCUCCUGGGCAGGAAAAUGAGGUUGUCUACACAAUAUUAGCUGGUCACUCUGUCAGGUAUUUUCCAUCAUCUUGGCCAAGAGCUAUGUUGUGUUAGGUGUGUUCUUUGACCAUAUACUGUACAUAACAGAAGCAUGUAACCUCUACAGUUAGUGAAGCAUCACUUCCCCAUUCACCCAUUUCCUUAUCCUCUUGUCCCACCUGGGGGAGGUCCAUAACUGGGCUAAAGGUCAUUAGUUUAGCAGCCAGAUGUCACAUGGACCGAGGGGUGAUGCACACUCAGACAGUAGUGACUUAUAAGUCACACAGUAAGACAUGCCUGGAUUUAUCUUCCUCCUGGAUUCUAAUGGAGACCGUGAUGAAAAAAUGAAUCUCGUUUUGUAUUCGUCAGUGUGUGAAACUAGCCACUGGGAUGUCACCCUUUGAGCCAGGAGUUUUUCACUUUUCCUGGGCCAUUGGUUUGCAAAAAACCUGAGGCGGGGCUGGGGGGUUCUGAUUGUCAUCAGCCAAUGAUAACACACUUUGAAACGUAGUAUGACCAAGAUUUGCAAACUAAAUUUUUUUUUUAUUACAUUUGACCCAAAAGCAGUGAAUGAGAUCAUAAACUGGGUAUGAAGGUGUGUGCAGAGGUGGAGACCGCCACUUUCCCAGCUCUGGGAGGCUUUUUGCAACCACAGCUAUCGCCAUCUGGUGGCCUAUAAUAGAAUGCAAGUUUUUAAGCACUUCUGCUUUAGCUUAAUUUUUCUGACACAGAUGCCAUGCCCAGGUUUUAUCUGUCUAAUCCCCCUGUGCUGCCAGCGAAGGAUCGAGGUUUGUGUGUUUCAGGUCACACUGUAUGUCAUCUGGACCCAGCAUUAGACCAGCACAGAGGAUUCUGUCAAGAGCAACACUUUCAACAGAAUUGAUUGUGAUUGGAUGCUAAGUUGUAAUACUCCUUGAAUGAAACGCAUGAAGAUUUCUGUAGAGGAAGCAGCACGGCUCGUCACUCCCAGGUGUCUUUUUAGCUGCAGUAACAGGUAAACAGGGUUUUUAUGAAUGAACUUUUGCAAACUCACUUUCCUGCAGCAGCUCUGAGUUUUCUCUGAGGCAUUUAUUCUUCAAGCAGCGGGAUCUUAUUUUUCUCAAAACCUUUCAACAGUUUGGUAACACUCCAGUCUGCGUGGAACCCUUACUGGCCGGUUCUGUUAGAUCCAUUAUCAUCCUCCAAGAAUCUCCACACCAAUGGGUCCGCAGCAUGGAACAUUGCACAGGACAAAGAUGGAGGGACAUGAUUUGUUUUACACAUUUGAAUGUAUUUUUACACCAAAAACGUGCAUUUUUUGGUGUGAUUGGUUAAAAUGUGGAGUGAUCUGAGACACUAGCCUUCUAAAUGUGGCACAUGAAGAAGGUUGGCUCGAACUAUCUUGGAGACCAUAUGGAUGAAAUAAGAUUUACACAGGAAUAAAGCCCUAAUCGGGCUCAUCCCCAACUACCAAAACAAGUGUGGGUUUUUGUUUGUUUUUUUACAACUGUAAACACUUUUAAUUUGCAUUGUGACCCAGAACCAUUUGGUUUUACAUUAUAUAUGGAUGAACAUACUCAUUAGAAGCAUUGUAUAAUCAAAGACUGAUCUGAGUGUUGUCUUGUAUGUACAGUAGUAGCGUAAUGCUACAGGGGCACCUGGUUCACCAACUCCUGUUACACGUUUUUCAGUAAAAUGAGCUAAAGCUGUAACUUG